AUGUCGAUGCUGCCGUCGUUCGGCUUCACGCAGGAGCAAGUGGCGUGCGUGUGCGAAGUUCUGCAGCAAGGCGGGAACCUGGAGCGUCUGGGCAGGUUCCUGUGGUCGCUCCCCGCCUGCGACCACCUGCACAAGAACGAAAGCGUGCUCAAGGCCAAGGCCGUGGUUGCCUUCCACCGCGGGAACUUCCGCGAGCUCUACAAGAUCCUGGAGAGCCACCAGUUCUCGCCUCACAACCACCCCAAGCUGCAGCAACUGUGGCUGAAGGCGCACUACGUGGAGGCCGAGAAGCUGCGCGGCCGGCCCCUGGGCGCAGUGGGCAAAUACCGGGUGCGCCGAAAAUUCCCGCUGCCGCGCACUAUCUGGGACGGCGAGGAGACCAGCUACUGUUUCAAGGAGAAGUCACGGGGCGUGCUGCGGGAGUGGUACGCGCACAACCCGUACCCCUCGCCUCGUGAGAAGCGGGAGCUGGCCGAGGCCACUGGGCUCACCACCACCCAGGUCAGCAACUGGUUUAAGAACCGGAGGCAAAGAGACCGGGCCGCGGAGGCCAAGGAAAGGGAGAACACCGAAAACAAUAACUCCUCCUCCAACAAGCAGAAUCAACUCUCUCCUCUGGAAGGGGGCAAGCCGCUCAUGUCCAGCUCAGAAGAAGAAUUCUCACCUCCCCAAAGUCCAGACCAGAACUCGGUACUUCUGCUGCAGGGCAAUAUGGGCCACGCCAGGAGCUCAAACUAUUCUCUCCCUGGCCUAACGGCCUCACAACCCAGCCACGGCCUGCAAGCCCACCAGCAUCAGCUCCAGGACUCCCUGCUGGGCCCCCUCACCUCCAGUCUGGUGGACUUGGGGUCUUAA